AUGAGAAACAUCAUGUAUCCAGAUGUCCAACUCAGCAGCUCUAUAAAUUGCUAUCGUGCAAUCAUACCGGGUGCCUCUGCUGCAUCAGACCCUGAUUUGGCGCCUUUGCUAGGCUGCUCGACGAUCUGGUGGGGACCACAACGCGCUGUUGUUUGUAUGGCCGUCCAGAACGGGACGAUGCUUUCUGUAGAAUGUCCUCAUCCUGGCGAUACAGGCACCGCUGGAGAAUGGAAUAAGCCUGGCGAUAUGGAAGCCUUGAAGGAGACUUAUUCAGAUUUCGAACCCGUGGUCAAGAAAUUAUUGGCAAAGAUUGAGCCCGACACUCUUUUGGUCUGGAAGUUAAAUCAGUUGCCCGAGCUGAAGACAUGGGUAUUUAGGAGCGGGAAAAUUGUACUUCUGGGCGACGCUGCCCAUGCCAUUAUGCCGUAUUCAGGGCAGGGCCAUGCGAUGGCGAUUGAGGACUGCGCAUCCCUUACCGAAUGUCUUUCACGCGCCACCUCUACAUCCGCCAUCCCCGACGCUGUUCGUGCCUUCGAGACUAUCCGAAAACCUCGUAACAAGCACAUGGCUGACUAUUCAGUCUUCAAUGCUCAUACAUGGCAGCUGCCAGAUGGUGAAGAGCAACGCAGACGAGACGAGAUGCUUGCCAAGGCGCCACUUUUUGGUGCUCAAAAUUGGGAUGGAGAGCAUGUUGACGACUUUCCGGGAAUGCCGCCAAACCCCUUGUAUUAUCCGUGGAUGCUGGGACAUGAUGUUGUGGAUUUUACGAGGAGGAAACUGGACGAGAUCUGGCCAUCGAGUAACGCGGAUGGGAAGCUAUAG